AUGCCCUCACAAUCAAAUCUGAGAGCUGCUCAGGCCGUUGUUCUUUCACGCCAGCGACUUCGCCGCGGUCUCAAUCGUGAUGCUGCCGGCCGCCGAAAGAAGCCACUGACUCUUCGUGCUGCUGAAGCUCGAUAUGCCGGCUCUGCUCGUGCAUCUAUCGGCCGCAUCGUCAAGAGACUUGAGGCUGCGAAUACCGUAGAUUAUGAGGAUGUUGUCGAUCCUAAGAUGGGGCGCCCGCGGCAACUCACGGAUGAGGAAGAAGAAGCUAUCGUGUGUUAUAUCGUCUGGAUGGAAAAGUCAGGCCUGCCUGCCUCCAAGUGGGAAAUAGAAGAUGCAGCACUUACUCUGCGGCGCCGCCGUGAUCCUGAUGCGAGACCUGUGAGCAAGAUGUGGUACUCUCGCUUCCGCGAUGAUCAUCCUGAGCUUGCGAAAUCGAUAUUGAAGUCGAGAGAAGCUUCGCGUGCCGAAUAUGAGGAAGGCGGCGUUGAUGAUACGAAGGAGUGGUUCCAACGCCUCAGCGAUGUGAUGACGAAGUACAAUAUCGGUGCAUCAGAGACCUGGAAUGCAGAUGAAGCAGGAGUUAGAGUCGGAAUGCUACGAGAUAAGAUGGAAUGCCUCGUUGUACGCACCAAGAAGAAGUCAGCAACAGAGUCGUUGCCAACGCUUGAGUGGGCGUUCAUUGAAGGCGAUCCUGAUAUGCGCUUCGCUCAGUCAGACUCGGCAUUCUCAAGUGCGGCGAUAACGCUCGAGUGGGCGAAGCACUUCAACCGAUGCUCGUGGGAGAAAUCUGCUACUGUACAGAAACGUCAGCUUGAUUUUGAAGAGUGGUUUGGGUGUAAUGAGCACCUUCAGGAUACAAAUAACCGCUUGGUUACUCACGAUAUGCCUCCCGCGGCGAGGCCUGAUGAUGAGGCUGUAUGGCGGCUGCUCGUUAUCGACGGCUUCACAGGCCACGGCUCAUUCGAAUUACGAGAAUAUAUGAUAAAGUUCAAUAUUCUCGUAGCAUUUCUUCCGCCUCAUUCAACGCAUAUACUCCAGCCGAUGGAUAAGAAGCUUCGUGAGGCGUUGCGGAAGGGAAAUCUUACCUUUGGCCGGCGUGCCUUUGCAGGAGCUUUUCAGGAGAUCUUUAAUGAAGGCUUCACUGCCGCUCACAUCAUCUCGGGCUUCCAAAAACGGGCAUCUACCCUCCCACAGACCGACCUGCCAUAG